UUUAACAAUCGCAACUUCCAAACGACCCCUAAGUUCAUCACAAUUAAUGAGAAGAAAGGAUGGGGAGCACGCUUUGUAUUAUGACAUUUGGGAGAAGUGAAGACCAACGUAUUAAGGCAUCAAAUGAGGAAGGGGUGGUGAACCACCAACAUAGAUCACAAACACAAGAAACCAACCACGCCGCAAAAAAAAAAACCCUUAGAAAGGAGAUCACAACCACACCACAAGUUAGGAAAGUAUUUCUCAAGUUGCUUAAAAUAAACCACAAGUCUCAUGAAGCAUACCACAACACAAGUCUCAUAAAACAUGUCACAUAUUUAUUAAAGCAAGCACAAACCUUAUAAGUGAGAUCAAAACCUCAUUACACCAUAAGCUUUUUAAAGUAUACCACAAGUUUCACGAAGCAAACCACAAAUCCUGGACACCACAAGUUUAUUAAGCAACCCACACGUCUCGUAAAGCAAACCACAAGUUUCGUAAUAGUUGAUCUAUUUGUAGAUGUUAAAAAGUUAACGUAUCAAAAUGUAGGAAGACAAAAUUUUAGGUACUAAUGUAAACAUCCAUUGUUUUUUCAUGACUUACAUGUGACAAAAUAUUAAUUGUGUAUACCAAAUAUUAAGAUCUAUUAAGUUCAAGUACCAAAAUAUAAUUUUUUAUGUGAAACUCCAUGAAAACAUCCACAGACCUUAGAAAGAGACCAUAACCUCCCCACACCACGAGUAUAUAAAAGUAUACCACAAGUUUUUUGAAUCACGCAACAAUGUCUCAUGAAGCAUACUACAAGUCUCAUAAAGCAUAUCACAAGUUUCUUAAUAGUGGACCUAUUUGUAUAUUUUAAAAGGUUUAGGUAUCAUGAUGCAAGAAAAACAAAUUUUAGGUAUUGAUAUGUACCUUUUCAAUGAUAUAUUUAGUACUUAUAUGUAAAAAAGUUAGGUACCAAAAAUUAAGAGCUAUUAAGUUCGGGUACCAAAAUUGUAAUUUUGCAUAUGAAACCUCAUGGAAGCAACGUAUAUUAAGGGGUAAAUCGUCUGCAAAGCAUAGACGAGUGAUUGAAAGUGAUUUGCAUGGGAGUGGUAAGGGAUAUGGUUCUCCCAAUCUACAUUCUUUAACAAACAACCAAAAACUUGAAUAACAACUCUAAAAGAAGUUGGGAAGUAAUGGACUUCCUUGUCUAACACCCUUCCCUAUAGCAAAGUACCCACGCGAUCCUCCGUUAUUAUGGGCAUAUUUGAUUUGAUGAUUUGAAGUAAUGAUACGAUAGUUUAUAGUAGUGAUUUUAUGGUAAUUGGUAGUGAUAAAACAUUUUUUUAAUUAGCCAUGAUUAGCAAAUUUUGAUAAGAAUUACCAUAAUUAAUUAUUACAGAUGGCAAAAUACUACUAUAUCCAAACAAAACAAUAGAGACAUCACUUAUUUAACGGUCAAAGAUGAUAGUUGACCACCAAGUAGGACAAAUUUAACAAAAAUAGCCAACAAUGAAUCAUGGCAGCAGGAGCUAACAGAUCGAGGACGAAUUUGGAUUACUGGUCAAACUCGUUAGACAUGAUAUGGUUGUUGGGAGAAGAAACAAGAGAGAAUGGCGUGGAUGGUGGAGAUCGAGAUGGGCGUGGCCUCAGAGAUAGAGUAAGUGAGGGAGGGGUCCCCCUAACGAGGAAGAACCUGCGGCUGGAAGACGAGAAGUCGAACGUCGCAUUGAGGUCAUUGAAGGAAGUGAUGACGUGGCGGUUUGCGGAGGAGGCAACAUCGACAACGACGAAGAGGAAGAGAUUGGCAUUGGAAGUCUGGUAAGUGAAAGGCUGAAAGCAGAUUUGUGAAAAAUGGAUGGGUUAAGAUGGAGAUGGAGAGGGCAGAGAAUUCUUUUGCGAAUUAAUCGAACAAUUAACUUACAGUCUAACAUGUUGUUGUUGUCCAAACCACACCAAGUAGCUAAUUUAUGCAGCUUGGUUAGACCGCACAAUUAGCUUGCUAUCAUACACAGUGGCGGACCUAAGGCAAGGACGACACACCCUCGCUCGAGAAUUUUGCGAAGGACCUACAUAUUUUUGGUACAUUUUUUUUAUUUCGAGAUAGCCGACACACCUUCAAUAAUUAUAGCCGACACAC